AUGUCGGGCUGGGACGAGGGCGCCGUCUUCUACAGCGACCAGGCGCAGUUCCCCCAGGGCGACCCCGCCGCCGCCGACAUCACGCGCCACUCCGCCCUCCGCAAGUUCAAGGAGUUCCUCCGCGGCUUCACCGGCCCCGACGGCGACUUCCCCUACCGUGAGAGCCUGGUGCACAACCGCGACCAUGUCACCGUCGCCAUCGAGGACCUCGACGCCUUCGACGCCGAACUGGCCGACAGGAUCCGGAAGGCGCCCGCAGACUACCUCCCGCUGUUCGAGACGGCCGGGUCCGAGGUUCUCUCCAGCCUCCGGUCGAAGGUCGCCGGGGAGACCGGGGAGAUGGAGGAGCCGGUCACCGGCGACGUGCAGAUCUUCCUCUCCUCCAAGGAGAACUGCGUGUCCAUGAGAUCUAUCGGGGCGGACUACAUGUCGAAGCUGGUCAAGAUUGCCGGUAUCGCAAUCGCUGCGUCGAGGGUGAAAGCCAAGGCCACUCACGUGACGCUGCUCUGCAAGAACUGCAGGAGCGUCAGGACGGUGCCGUGCAGGCCUGGCCUCGGUGGGGCUAUCGUCCCACGGUCGUGUGAUCAUGUUCCUCAGCCUGGAGAAGAGCCUUGCCCGCUGGACCCCUGGAUUGCAGUACCUGAUAAGAGCAAGUAUGUGGAUCUGCAGACGCUCAAAAUGCAGGAAAAUCCCGAGGAUGUUCCAACUGGCGAGCUCCCUAGGAAUGUGCUGCUGUCUAUAGAUAGACACCUUGUUCAGACUAUUGUUCCGGGGACAAGGUUAACCGUGAUUGGUAUCUACAGUGUUUUCCAAGCAUCCGGCACUACCAACCACAAAGGUGCUGUUGGAGUGAAACAGCCCUAUAUUAGAAUUGUGGGGUUGGAGCAGUCACGGGAUGAUAACUCAAAUGGCCCCUCAAGUUUCACACUCGAUGAGGAAAUGGAAUUCAAAGAAUUUGCACAAAGGCCUGAUGCAUAUGCCAAGCUUUGCUCGAUGAUUGGCCCUUCAAUUUAUGGUCAUGCUGAUGUCAAGAAAGCCAUUGCAUGCUUGUUGUUUGGGGGAUCAAAGAAGAGGCUACCUGAUGGUGUCCGUUUGAGAGGGGACAUUCAUGCAUUGCUUUUGGGUGAUCCAUCUACAGCAAAAUCUCAGUUUCUUAAGUUUGUAGAGAAGACAGCUCCAAUUGCGGUUUAUACAUCUGGAAAAGGUUCAUCUGCAGCUGGUCUUACAGCAUCUGUAACUCGGGAUAGCAACUCGCGUGAGUUUUAUUUGGAAGGAGGGGCCAUGGUAUUGGCUGAUGGUGGAGUAGUUUGUAUUGAUGAAUUUGACAAGAUGAGGCCGGAAGACAGAGUUGCAAUUCAUGAAGCCAUGGAGCAGCAAACCAUAUCUAUUGCCAAAGCUGGCAUUACAACAGUACUUAAUUCGAGGACCUCAGUUCUUGCAGCUGCAAAUCCAAUUUCGGGGCGAUAUGAUGACCUUAAGACUGCACAAGAUAACAUUGAUCUGCAGACAACUAUCCUUUCUCGAUUUGAUCUUAUCUUUAUUGUUAAAGAUGUCAGAAUGUAUGAGCAAGAUAAGCGAAUAGCAAACCACAUCAUUAAGGUGCAUGCCAGUGGUGCUCAAACUACUUCCAACAAGAACACUGAGGUCAAUGAAGGAGAGAAUUGGUUGAAAAGGUAUGUUGAGUAUUGCCGCAAUACAUGUAGACCACGUCUUUCUGAGAAGGCAGCAGAGAUGCUGCAGAACAAAUAUGUUGAGAUCAGACAGAAAAUGAGACAACAAUCUCAUGAGACAGGGAGAGCUGCAGCUAUACCCAUCACUGUGAGGCAGCUUGAAGCUAUUAUACGGCUGAGUGAAUCUCUCGCAAAGAUGAGAUUGACUAGUGUGGCUACACCAGAGCAUAUUGAAGAGGCAUUUAGAUUGUUCAACGUCUCCACAGUUGAUGCUGCAAGAUCUGGAAUCAACGAGCAUCUGAACUUGUCACCAGAGAUUGCAAACGAGAUCAAGCAAGCUGAGGCGCAAAUCAAGAGGCGAAUGGGAAUUGGAAGCCACAUCUCUGAACGGCGGCUGCUAGAUGAGCUUAGCCGGAUGGGCAUGAACGAAUCCAUUGUUAGAAGAGCCCUUGUGAUCAUGCACCAGAGGGACGAGGUGGAGUACAAGAGGGAGCGCCACGUGAUCGUCCGCAAGGCUUGAGCUGGACUCAGCAAUGGAAUGCAAUGAGAUCCUGGUCUGUUCUGAUCAUCUGAUGUGUGUAUAAGUAGUACUGACACUGCAACUGUUUUUCUGGAGGAAAUUUGUUGCAUCGAUGAAAUGGAGUUGUAGUUGUACUACUUUAAGCUGUAGCUGUAACCCUAAAUCAUGUUUGUGUCUGAAGUUGACUGAAAUGAAG